AUUAUCAUUAUUAUUACAAGGUUGUUUUAGAUCUGGGAACAACAGAUUCUGGAGGUUCUGAGACAGAUCUUGGGCUUGUUCCAAGUGGAAAACUGAAGCUGUUAAAAAGUUCUUCUGUUGUUUUGGAAAAUCAAAUCAGGGACAUGCCACCAGCUCAACGAGCCAAGAACAUGAAGUUUUCUUUGAAAGAUCCAACCCAAUUCUUUAUCGCAACAGAUUCAGGAUGCAUUCUUCAUGGGAGCAGACAUGGAGAUAGAGUCUCUCCAAGACGAUACAGAAAACAGACAGAUUCUCCUGGUGAGGUGAUUCAUUUGGACUUUUCCCCCUUUGGUUUGCCAUGUUUUUUGGCAGGAAGCAGUGAUGGUUCCAUAUGCUUGUACGGCCUGACUCAAGGUAAGGGUCCAUUUCACUAAACCUUGUAAGUGUAUAUAUCUGGUGACAUAAAUUUCACGUACUUCGUCCAUACUUAGCUACAACCAGUUUGAUUUUCUACAUUAAUUGCUUCGAUAUGUCGACCAAGAAAGGGAAAGUCAACGAUAAGCAGGCUAAAGACAUGCCUGCUCACCUGAGAGCUUCGUCCACAGCCUCGGGAUUGUCUGCCUGGUACACUUCGCCUAGGGUUGAACAAGUGCAAAUAAGUCACAGGCCCCAGCCUCGCCUUGAGCUGAUGUGCCAUGUGCAGAAAAAAUUGAAAGUGGGCUGCCUUGCUCAAUUUCCGUCACCAACAAGGGAGUGUCUUCUCACCACAUUUCGAAGAAAAUACCGCAAGUAUCCAGAGCACCACAGGCUGUACAUGUGGUAGAAAAUGAGCCCUGACAGACCUCACCAAGGUCAGCAGUCAGCAAGGGCCGUCUUUCUUCCCUGGUCAACAAUGGAAUUUCCCCUCUACAGCAAGCGAUGCAAGCAGGCAGCAGUCAUUCAAUAUGAAGGCGCCCAUGGCUCCACCGUAUGGGUCAUUUCCGUGGUUUCAAUCUGCACUGCAGGGGCCUUCUAACGCUACCCAGCAGAUGUAUCAUCAACAUUGGGGAAAUCAACCCCAAGACAACUCUCACUUCCUCUGCCAGCGAGUCCGAUCAUUUGGGGCAGUAAAUUCUGGCCCUGGUGAGAGCACGAAUUUGCACUAUCGGAGAUUGGCAGCAAUGCAGAAACUGAAUUGGAUUUCCUCAAUCCGAGUGGAUUUUGUAACUCCAUGGCAAGGGAUCAGUUUUUCCAGUGACGGAUCUUAAGUCUUUUAAAAGACUCUCAUAAUCGCCUGCUCAAAGCAGUUUUGCAUCUGACCAAAAGUCGAUUUUGGUUACU